CUCUGAGCGAGUCGGUUCGUGAAGAAGAGCUCAGAAGCUCAUCUUCUUAAUCUCUCAUAACCCCCUGCGCUUCCUAUCCUCGGUGCAUCUUCCGUUUAUUUGUGAGGAUAUGGCAGCCAUGGUGACGCUUGCGAAGCCGUUGACUGGAGCAGUCGUGGCCCCAGUGGCUAGUGGAGGUGCGUUGUCGCCCAAUGCAGGGAAGUCGUCUCAAUUGUUGGUGUCAUGUCGGAGAUGGCAAGGGAGGUACAGGACUGUGGUGAAUGUGGAGAGCACGGGGUCCAGGUUUGUCGUGAGAGCCUCCGAUGGCGAGGGUUUGGGCAGCGCUGCGGACGCGGGAGGCAAUAGUAUUGUCUUGGAGGUGGCAGGACUGCCCGAGGAGCCGGAGACGGAAGGAAUUGGAAAUCUAGCCCCUCCAACUUCCUCCCCCAGAAAGCCUUCCCCUCUGGCGAAGGGUGGGACAUUGGACGGACCGCAGGCCGAAGGGAAGGCCCCAGCUGCCGCUACUCUUGGCAAAACCUCACCCGCGUUGUCACUAGGCACAUUUGACGAUCCCAGGUGGAAGAAUGGUACAUGGGACCUGUCGCAGUUCACGACGGAUGGCAAGACUGACUGGGACGCUGUUAUUGAUGCCGAGGUGGUAAGGAGGAAGAUCCUGGAAACCAAUCCCGUAUCAUCAAACAAUGAGGACGAGGUUGUGUUUGAUACAUCGAUUGUGCCAUGGUGGGCGUGGGUGAAGCGCUUCCAUCUUCCAGAGGCAGAGCUUUUGAACGGUCGGGCUGCAAUGAUUGGCUACGCUUCGGGCUGGUUGGUCGAUGCUGCAACUGGUAUUGGCUUGGUUGACCAGCAAAACAGCUUCUUCGGCAAGUUGCUACUCUUCAUUUCGGUUGUCGGAGUUUUAGCCAUCAGGAAAACUAGUGAUGUAGACACCAUUAGAGACCUUGCGAAGGAAUCCACCUACUAUGACAAGCAAUGGCAAGCAACGUGGAAGGAUGCCAAGGAUCCAGAAAAAUCUGAUGCAUUGUAGAAGUGCCCUUCGAAAUUUUGCACAUAUUUAUGGUUGAGGAUGUUUCUUGUUUGUGCCACGCAUUAUGAAAAGGUAAUUCAGGUUACUAGAA